CUGGAACCCAGAUGGCCUGAGUUCCAGUUCUGCACUCUUAACCACUACACCAGACUGACUAUCACAAAGAUCUCAUCCUUGCCAUCUUCCAUUUAAACCUCAAAAGGGAUACAUUGAAUGGAAUGCGUGCCCAGAAUGCAAGCAGUCGUCAUUCAAGGACUGAGCCAAUGCCUAGGCAAGGGUCCUUCCAGAGUUUGGAAGUUCAGUACAGUUAUUAUAGCUCGCUACUUGGCUUAUCAUACAUCUGCAAACAGAGAGCCUGACAAGCACUCUAGUGUAUUUCAGGGCUAUAUGGAGCACCCAGAUGAAACAUACCAGGACGAAAGAUGCCUUGCUGUGCCAGGAAAAACACGAUCUAUGUCUCCAGAUUAUGGGUUUUUCCCUUUAUGCACUCCUACAAUUUGGUCCUAUGCCAGACUCAGCCUCAAAGCAAUGACUCAGAAUCUCAAAGAGGACAGCAAAGGGAUUCAUAAGCAACAGAAGCAGCAGCACCUUUGGCAGGUGCAGUCUGUCAUGUAGGGAGAAGAAAACCUGCACCUGCUGAAAUUCCUCUUCUACAUAUCUGCUAAAGUUUGAUGCUGGAUCUUUGAGUUUAAAGUGCCCUCUGCUGUCUAAAGUCCCCUGUUCAGGAAGGCCAUGGUGAUGGUGACUCCAGUUCAUCUUGCAGAAGAAGACUUCAAAAUCACUCUCUUAGAGCUCCGAAAUUUGAUGGAACUACGAAAGAGCAACGCAGUCAAAAAAAUAAAGGAAAUGUAUGGUGACAUUUUUGAAAUCUGUAAGAGGCUGCAGACGUCACCUACAAAUGGGAUAUCUGCUUCCCAGUCAGAAUUGGAGAUAAGAAAAUCUGUAUUUGGAAAGAACUUUAUUCCCCCUAAAAAGCCCCUUACUUUCUUGGAAUUAAUAUGGGAAGCACUGCAGGAUAUGACAUUAUGUAUCUUAGAAGUUGCAGCCGUCGUAUCAUUGGGACUCUCAUUUUAUCAUCCACCAGGAGGAAUUGUGACAGCUUGUGAAAUAGAAGAUAUUGGAGGAGAAGAAGAAGAUGGGAAAACUGAGUGGAUAGAAGGUGCUGCGAUACUUUUGUCAGUAGUUUGUGUGGUGUUGGUAACUGCUUUCAAUGACUGGAGUAAGGAAAAGCAAUUUAGGGGGUUACAGCAUCGCAUUGAAAAGGAACAAAUGUUUACAGUCAUCCGGAAAGGGGAGUUAGCACAGGUGGCAGUGGCUGACUUAGUGGUGGGAGAUAUUGCACAGAUCAAAUAUGGUGACCUUUUACCAGCUGAUGGUUUGCUUCUCCAAGGGUACGAUCUGAAAAUUGAUGAGAGUUCCCUUACAGGGGAAUCAGAUCAUGUCAAGAAGUCUUUGACUGAGGACCCUAUGCUGCUUUCAGGUACCCAUGUGAUGGAAGGCUCUGGAAAGAUGGUUAUUACAGCUGUAGGUAUACAUUCACAAACAGGAAUUAUCCUCACUCUACUUGGAAUGGGGGAGGAGGAUGAGAAAGCAAAACAGACAGACCCAAAACCAAAAAAGAGGGGCGGCAAGAUGCCUGAAACUUCCAGAAAUGAAACAAAUGCCGUUCAACAACAGUCAAAGAAACAUGUGUCCCACAAAAAAGAAAAAUCAGUUCUGCAAGCAAAACUCACGAGAUUAGCUGUUCAGAUUGGCAAAGCAGGGUUGGCAAUGUCUAUAAUCACUGUUACUGUCCUUAUUGUCUAUUUUUUAGUUCAAAAUUUUUUGAUAAAUAAGCGGGUUUGGACUAUUGAAUGCACACCAGUUUACAUGCAAUAUAUGGUGAAGUUCUUUAUUAUUGGUGUUACGAUCUUGGUAGUAGCGGUGCCAGAGGGCCUUCCACUUGCCGUCACCAUCUCACUUGCCUACUCUGUGAAGAAAAUGAUGAAAGAUAAUAAUCUAGUGAGACAUUUGGAUGCCUGUGAAACUAUGGGUAAUGCAACUGCAAUUUGUUCAGAUAAAACAGGAACCUUAACCAUGAACAGAAUGACAGUAGUUCAGAUCUUCAUUGGUGGCACACAUUAUCAAGAGGUUCCUGCUUCUGAUUUAAUUCACGCAACCAUGUUGAAAUAUCUGCUUAAAAGUAUUUCUAUAAACUGUGCUUAUACUUCUAAAAUCCUACCUCCUGAACAAGAGGGAGGCCUGCCCCGUCAUAUUGGCAAUAAAACCGAAUGUGCUUUACUUGGCUUGCUUUUGGAAUUAGAUCAGGAUUAUGAGGCUGAAAGGACUAGAAUGCCUGAAGAAAAACUGCAUAAAGUGUACACUUUCAAUUCCAACAGGAAAUCUAUGACCACAGUUUUGAAAAAUGCUGAUGGUAGCUAUCAACUCUUCAGCAAAGGUGCUUCUGAAAUAAUCCUUCAAAAAUGCAGCCGACUGUUGAAUUCAGCUGGGGUACCUGCCCCCUUUUCCAAAAAAGACCGGGAAAAUGUGAUGAAAAAUGUGAUUGCACCAAUGGCCUCCGAGGGACUUCGAACCAUAUGUCUAGCUUUUAAAGAUAUCCCAGCUAGCCAUUCAGAACCAAAAUGGGAUAACGAGGAUGCCAUUAUCAAGGACCUGACAUGUAUUGGAAUUGUAGGUAUUGAAGACCCUGUAAGACCCGAGGUUCCCAGUGCAAUAAGAAGAUGUCAGAAUGCUGGUAUUGUCGUGCGGAUGGUCACUGGGGAUAACAUUAACACUGCCCGCGCAAUUGCUGCAAAAUGUGGCAUCCUGCGGCCUGGGGAGAACUUUGUGUGCUUGGAGGGGUCGGAUUUUAAUAGACUGAUACGUGGUCCAGACGGAGAGAUUAAGCAAGAGCUUCUUGACAGGAUCUGGCCGACGCUUUGCGUGCUAGCAAGGUCCUCACCUUCUGACAAGUACAACUUAGUGGAAGGGAUCAUUAAUAGUAAUAUCACAGAAGAAAGGCAAGUGGUGGCUGUCACGGGCGAUGGCACCAAUGAUGGGCCUGCAUUGAAAAAGGCCGAUGUCGGCUUUGCCAUGGGCAUUGCUGGAACAGAUGUAGCCAAAGAAGCUUCGGAUAUCAUUCUUACAGAUGACAACUUCUCGAGCAUUGUUAAAGCAGUAAUGUGGGGCAGGAAUGUAUAUGACAGCAUUUCCAAAUUCCUCCAGUUUCAGCUUACUGUCAAUGUUGUAGCAGUAAUAGUUGCUUUUACUGGUGCCUGCAUUACCCAGAAUUCCCCUCUCAAAGCUGUUCAGAUGCUGUGGGUCAACCUCAUAAUGGAUACAUUUGCUUCUCUUGCUCUAGCCACCGAAAAGCCAACAGAAGCCCUAUUAAAACGAAAGCCGUAUGGCAGAAACAAACCACUGAUCUCCCGUACGAUGCUGAAAAAUAUUUUGUUCCAUGCUUUUUAUCAGCUUGCAGUUGUCUUUGUGCUUCUGUUUGCAGGUGAAAAAUUAUUUGAUGUUGACAACGGACGAAUUGCACCACUGAGGUCUCCACCCACCCAGCAUUACACUAUUGUGUUUAACACAUUUGUAAUGAUGCAGAUUUUUAAUGAAGUCAAUGCACGAAAGAUUCAUGGGGAAAGGAAUGUUUUUUCUGGAAUUUUCACAAAUACCAUUUUCUGUUGUGUCACUUUGGGAACACUGAUUGUACAGGUCAUCAUUGUCCAAGUGGGAGGCAAGCCUUUUAGCUGUGUAAAGCUUACACUAGAGCAAUGGUUGUGGUCCAUCUUCUUUGGCCUUGGGACAUUACUAUGGGGACAAUUAGUAAUUAGUAUUCCAAACCGAUAUCUGAUCUGCCUGAGGGAUGUGGGCGGGGAGCCACCAAAAGAGGAAAUUGUUGAAGAACUAGCUGGAGAGUCAGCGGAGAUUGACCUCGGAGAGCAGGAACUGCGUCGUAGUCAGAUUUUAUGGUUUAGGGGUUUGAGCAGAAUACAAGCACAAUGCAGAGUUGUCAGAGCCUUCCAGGCUCCUUUGUAUAAGGAAGUACAAGGAGGAACUAGUACUAAAACGAUCUAGCAGAUCAUGAGUUUAGAAUUUGGACAUCUUCAUGGUUUGUUAUUGAAUUUAGAUCUUUAAAAAGAGCAAUGUGCAUAUAAGCAUUAUUACUAAAUGAAUGGCUUUUUCCUUAUAGCUGUCUGUCACUUGGACACAUUUUUGAAACUGUUUAACAAAAUAGAGACACUUUUUUAGAAGAUAUGUGGGAAAAUGUAAGAAAUCAAAAUAAGAGUCCAAUUGAAACUUUCUUCGUAUAUGGGUCUGGGCAUUAUGUUAGCAGACCUUAAUUGAAUCUUGGGCCUUUAGAUUUAUUUUUGCAAGGGGUAUCUUUAGAAGAAGAGAGUGAGUGAUGAAACCAAAAGCCACCUCUUGAAUACCAGAUUUUUUAUAUAUUUAUUGAUUAAAAGGUGAUAUAAAUAAUAGCAGAUAAACUGUACAUAGUCUUUUACUUUUGACCCUGUUUAUGCUUAUAACCAGUAUCAACUGGCUGA